CAGAUCCAGCGGACGAACGACUACAUGCGGGGCCUGCGGCUGCCGACGGAGCUCCGGGACCGCAUCCGCGACUACUACUACCAGCGGUGGAAGGAGGGCUCCAUCUUCGACGAGACGCUCAUUUUGGAGCGCCUCAGCCCCGAGCUCUGCCACGAGAUCAUGCGCUACAAGACCCGGGACCUCGUGAAGAAGGUGCCCGCGCUCCGCAACGCGACGACGAUGUUCAUGAAGGAGCUCGUGUCGUCGCUCCAGCCGUCCGCCGCGCCCGAGGGCGACGUCGUCGUCCACGAGGGCGAGACGGGCGAGUCGCUCUUCUUCGUCGACGCGGGCCUCGCGGAGAUCCUGGCCAAGGCCGUCGGCGACCAGGUCGUGAAGCUCAUCGCCGACGGCUGCUUCUUCGGCGAGUGCUCGCUCGUGCUCAAGUGCCGGUGCACGGCGACGGUCCGCGCGAAGACCGUCCUGUCCUGCUACGCCGUGGGCGACGAGGACCUGGACGAGAUCCUGGAGGACCACGCGGACAUGCGCGAGUACCUCGGUGCCGUCGCGCGGAAGCGCGCGGGCCGCCUCGCGCGG